AUGAUGAAUCGAUUCGGUGAUAUCGACGUUUCAUUUAAACGACUUCCACCAGUGUAUGGCUACCAUGCGGAAAAAAUUGUUUCACUUGAAAAAGCACUUCAGCCUAUCGAAGCUCACAUAAAUGAACUGCCUCGUUUUAUAAAAGUAGCUAAGGACUACUGCCAUUUUCCAUCAGAACAUGGACUUUCACGUGAUCAAUCAGCUGCUGUUUAUAUUUAUACGAUGGAAUGGGGCGAAACUACUUUAUAUCGUGUAUUAAACCAAACAUUACGAGAUGAAAAUCGACAAGCAUUGAGAAUAUGGUUUCCAUAUUUGAAGUUAUUUGAUACAGCAUUGGAUUUGUUACCGACUGUCAAAGAGGUGGUAUGGAGGGGCGUACCUGUUGACAUUGGUAAGAGUUUCACCAAAAACCAAAUUGUGACGUGGUGGAGUGUUAAUUCGUGUUCGUCAGCCGUCAACAUUAUCAAAAAUUUUCUUGGUAACGAAAACAACUCAACACUUUUUCUUAUUGAAGCUGUGAAUGGCAAAAAGAUUUCUGGAUAUACAGAAUAUGCAAGUGAAGAUGAAAUUAUUUUACGAAUGGGAUCACGAUUUCUUGUGAAGAGUGAUGUUUUAAAGCAGUUGAACGGUUCAUAUCUCGUACAUUUAAUGGAACUUGGUGGCAAUAACGAUCAACCAGACUCAGACUCAAACCCAGAUCCACCAUCAGAUACAAGUAUCCCCAGUAAGUUAAUUAUGCUUCUUCUCCAGAAAAUAAUCUUCUGUAUGAUACAUAUGUGUAAAGUAAUCAUUAAAAACUAUCCGAAUAUUAACUAAUGUAUAUAAGAUAAAGAAAGAUAUCAGACGUUUGUAUCAACAUAUUGUAUCGAUGCAAAGUCUUCAAUUUGACGAAAGAGAUAGAUCUAAGCAAGAAACCUCGUCAAAUAAAAAAAAGAAUAUUUUAUUAUUCUUGAUUAAGAUUAGUUUUCAUCAACCAUUGACAUCCAGAACAAUGGUAUCACACAGCUUUGACCAAUUUAGCAUCCCGCGAUUGAUCUGUUCUAGCCUGUAGACCCUAUCAAGAAAAUUUGGUUAUGACGUUAUGGAUGUUGUCAAAUCGAAUAAUUUAAUCAUUUCAAAUUUGUAUGAGUGUUGGUUUCUAAAAUAGUUCGGCAUCAUCAGGCUGAGGAUUCGGAGACCUUUGUUGAUCAUUAUCUUCUAUUAUUUUCUUAUACACGCAUUCUCGCCCCUCAAGUUUUAAUCUCUUUGGAUUCUGUAGCUUUCUUGAACUCUACUAGUUUUGUCACUCUAACAAAAUGUUCGCAUUGUGACAAGCUCUAAAUAUAGAACUGCUGAAGUGAUCUAGCAAAACCCAUUUAAAAUAUUUUUCAAGCUAAGCAUUGAUAUCUACAGUUCGAUAGGAUUCACAGAGCCUUCAAAAUAGAAAUAUUAUUGGAAACGUCGAAUGAUUAUUGACCUAUAUGUAGAACCUGACUAUAGAUCGAUACUUUAUAUUUAAGUAUCAUCAUCCGAAUAGUGCUGGAAGUAAUUUUUAUUAAUAGUUUCCCUGUGUAUAAUAGUAACUCAAAGCUUGAUAUUAUUUAGAGGGGUCUGAUAAGCUGUUUUCAGAACAUGAGACCAAGAUCAUAAUAUAAGUGAGACAAACUGAAUGAGUACCACACACUAGCCUCAGAGCAGUUCAUUUGAAAGAACAUUUCAGAACAGUUAGUGCGCGCGUUAGGAUAUGCGUCGUUGUUCACGACAAGGUUCACGCUUAUACUGGCAACCCUUGAUAGAUAGAAUAUUAUUCACUGAGAUUAAAGAAAGUCAUCUGUCACUAUCUUUUUAUAUUCAAGUUUGGAAAAAUGCGUGGAAAUUCCAGUUUUACGUAGGCUAUCGAUAUUACAGUUCGUUUGAAUCACAUCAUCUAAAUCACACACUUAAUAAUAAUAGUUUCCAUAAGCUUAUCAAUCGUUGGGGCCAGCUGCGAAAGAUCCAUAUGCAGCUCUGUUUUCUCGUCUUUUUCUUUUUAUACACGACGGUAUCUGGACCUUUUUUUAUGCAACGCUUCCCUAAUUUAUGAUUUUUGGUUCGCGGUGAUCAUAGAAUCACAUGAUCGUAACAUCUAUGUUGGAGUUAUUUUACUCUGCAUACUGACUAACGAUGUGGCCAACACGCUAUUGAAUGAAUCAUCCGAAACAACUAGCCAUUUAUGACUUGUUCAGGGUCAUUCCAUGGAUGACGAUACUGAGAUUUGCACACAGUAUUUUAUGGAUACAUGUCGAACAACGUAAUCACUCAACCAUAGCGGCUCAAGUCAUACAUUAACGAAUCUAAUAUCGUUGUCCGACUUUAUUCAAAUGAUUUGAAAUUGAUACAGCAUGCCUAUAGUUUGGAUAUAAGAUUAAAAAUGUAAGAUGUAUCUAUGAGAGAUAAUCUCAAUGAUACACUAUAACUAUAAUGAGAUGAUGUUCUGAAGAAAUCCUCUAAUUUUCACCUUCAAUACUUGACUAAAUAAUGAAUUGUUAAGUGUUGGUGAUAACGAAUCUUGUAAUCUAACACUAACAUAAAACCAUAUUGAAUCCAAUUAAAAAGUUGCCCAACAAUACCCAGUAAAUUGUUUUAGUAAGUUCAAAUAUAGCGGGAUUUUUGUUCAGUUCUCACUGUAAUUUUUCUAAGGUGUACUCGAUCUAACAUCUAUUAAAAUUUAAAUAACGCAUGUGUUUCUCUAUCAUUAAUUUUAUGUCAAAUGUAAAAAGCUUUUCAAAAAUAAUAUAUAAUUUAAAAUAAAUGAUUCAAUCGAUUGUGAAAGAAAGGUCAAUGAAUGAAAAUGGUUUCAAAAUACUAUUUCUGAUACACAUAUAUGUCCUGCAUUUUUGAUGACUAAUCAAUUAGGUCAUAUUUUAUUUUUCGCUCAAGAUGUUUUUUUUACUUUCGUUCUGAUAUGCACUUGGCAAUAACAAUGAAAAAUUUUCAUUUAUUCCACCCAAUUAAGUGCCUCGAGCUACAGUUUAGAUGAGUUUCAUAGUUGUUUGAAUCGUUCCGUUUCAAACUUGUUUUAAUUGUAGCUUUGAUAGAUAGAGUCCUAUUACAGGAUAGAGUUAUUUUCUGUAGAGUUAUUCCUAAUUCAAAAAUCAAAUUAUGCGUUAUGUGUGUUGUGAAAAUGACAUAUAAAAAGAUUUUUUUCAUGAGUUUCGCGUUAUUGCAGACUUGUGAUUUGCAUUCUUCGACACCAUGAAAUUCGACAGACACAAAAAAUGUGUAUAAAUAUCUGUAUGUUGACGAACGUUAUCUAUAUUAUCAUUUAAAUUUUAUUAUAAGCCGUUGUUAUCAUUGUCGAAAAAUGAAAAGUAUCAAUUACUCAUUACGAUAAAGAGUAAAAGGUUAGCAAAGUAAAUUAUGUAGUUAUUAAGAGUAUCCAACUAUAGUUACUUAUUCUCUUUUUCGUCCUUAUUUCUAUUGAAGUAGAUAGAAAAAAUUGAACUUUUCAUUUUACACUGUACAAUGACGAGAGAGACAAAAAGCUAAUCUAAUAUUGCCAAUUUAUGUGAGAAUAAAGAACUUCGAUGAAUCAAAUUAACAUUUGAACAAUUUAGAUCUUAUCAAGACAUUUAUUUCAACUUAUCGAUCAAUUAACAUUUGCAAAUUGCGCUUGCAUAUAUAUGAAGAAAAAUAAAACAGACAAUAAGUAGUCCAAAACCCAUGUAAAUAUUUUUUUCCUCAAAACGCGUCUGAAACGCGUUUUAUUUGCGUGCGAAACGCUGAGAGUGAACGCGUCUGAACGCGUCCCCAGUGAAACAAAUGAAGCGUUUAGGCGCGAUUUAUUUAGAAACGCGUGUGAAUGCGUUCGUCGUUUGACCUGCGUUCAGACGCGUUUUUUUACGAAAACGCGUCCAAACGCUUCAAAUGUUUCAUCUGUGACGCGUUUUCAUUAAAAAACGCGUCUGACGUGUUUCAUACAAAAUCUAAAAAUUUUGAAAAAUAUAUGAUAAUCCAUCUCAGAUUCGAACUGAGUCGCCAUCAUCAACAUUUUUCGAUGGUCUUAGCCAACCUUGGCAAAUGGAUUAAAUUUUACCUUAAGUGAUGACGAUCAGAUUUGAACAGAUGAACCAGCGAUCAGAAGUCGUUCAUACACACCACUGAGCUAUACUAGCUCGAAUUCUUUUCUCAUUCAAACUAGAAUAUAUUUGAACGCGAAUUUCAUCGGUUAAAUACUAUUUCAAUAAGAUGUACUUUUUUCGAAGUUAAGAUAUUUAACACAGAACAUGUUUAUUCACUUAUUUUUUUAAAUAAUUUUAUUAUUUUUUAAUAAAAUAAUAUCUUUUUUUUUAUCGUCUACUACACGUAAUUAGUGUUUCGAUUUUUUAUUGUACUGAUAACAUGCUAAAUAAUUUUAUCGAAGAAAUUAAUCAAUAAAUAAUUAUUCAUACAAUCUAUUUAUUGGGAAUAUAUGAUGAAAAGUUAUUAAUCAUAUUAUUUAAAUAGUAGCAUUGAGAAGCUUGCUAGAAGGACAUUGGAUAGCUGAAAACUAUUACAAUAUUGUCUCAUUAUUAUUCAUACAAACUAUAGAGAAAUAUGGACUAUUUGCCGUAUCUUUAAUUGAAUUUUUGUCUAUUUUAAGUUUAACAUCAUCUGGGCAUUCUUUAUUAAAAAGUCUAACGAAGUUUAGACGAAUAAAAUAUAUGUAAACCGAUGAUUUCGAUCACGCCAUUAACUCUUUUAGAGCAGUAAUUUUUGAGAUGGAAUUGCGUCUGAUACAAAAGAAAUAAAUGAGUACAAAUGUGCUCGGAAAUAUGAUUGCAUGCCAACAUGAUUGAAAAAAUAUUUGAGACGCGUUUGAACGCAGUUAGUAAACAAAAUGCAUUUAAACGCGUUAAAUGUUUUUCCAAAACGUGUUGAGACGCGGUUAAUUUUUUUUCUGAUUGCGUUUAAACGCAUUGCAUAGAAAAUCUGCGUCCAGACGCGUUUCGAAAUUUUUUCUAACCGCGUGUCAACGCGUCUCAUAUUACACCGCGUUUGAACGCGUUCAGUCAAAUUUUUAUUAAACUCGUAUAAACGCGAUUUCGAUAUGAAACGCGUUGAGAAGCUGUUAAUAUUUUUUUUACAAUUGCGUUUCAACGCAUUAUGUACAAAAAGCGGCGUUCAAACGCGUUUCAAAAUUUUUCUGACUGCAUCCCAACGCGUUUAAUAUUGAAAAUGCGUUUGAAUGCGGCGUGAAACCGUUUUUAACCGCGUCUGGACGCGUUUUGUUGUGAAACCGCGUUUCAACGCAUCGAUUUUGCGUUUUGUGUUUACAUGGGAAAGGAUCUCAUUCCACAUGUAUCAAUAGACAUUAACAAAAAAAAAGAAGGCAAACAAAGAAUCACAUAAUUGUAGAAAGAAUAGAUAUGAAGAGGAGGGGUAUCAUUCACAGAUAUCUUUGAGAAACUGAAUAGACAUUUUGUCGAGACAAAACGAUCUAAACUAUUAGUCGAUAGACACAUAGUCCCAAAUGAGAUAUCUUGUCGAUCAUGAAAAAAAAUUCAUGGAACUUUUUCUAUACUUAUAGACUAUAUUACAAUUAGAAUUAAGUGCAUCUAAUAGAAUUCCCAGUUAAAAUAUUGACAAAACAUAAAAUUUUGUACUACUACUUCUUAUAAGACAAUGCAAGUUGUUAUUUCUACUUCUUUUUACUCAGGUUAGAGACAAACUUUCCUUUCGUUGUUCGUUUACAAUAAUAUUCGAUCUUUUCAUUCGAACGAAGUUAUACGUAUAUCUGAGGGUGUGGAUGUAAGGGAACAUUUCAAAACGUUUGCCGGUCGGCCGGUCACUCUGCCGUUCAGCUGCUCGGACGCUAUACCGCUCUGUCGCUAUGCCUCUCUGCCGUUCUCAUACCGCUCUGCCGUUCAGCCGCUAUGCCGCCCUGCCGUUCUCAUGCCGCGGCAUAACAGCACAACACAUUUUUUGUUUUAAUUACAUUUUGAUAGAUUAAUUGUAUCCUUUGAUGUAUGUAUACGUAUACAUCAUGUAUAUUGUUCUAUUUCUAUUCAAUGUUCUUUAGCUCUAGACUAUUCAUUUUCUCCAAAAAUAAUGAAUAUUUUAAUUCGUGAUAAGAUUUUCGUUCAACUUGAUCACGUUGUAAACAUGAUAAUGAUAUUUGUCUCAUUCUUUCUUGAGACCUUUUUGUUUUCUUUUUUUGAACAUCAGCUAUCUGUAGCCUCGUAUAACAAAAAUUCUUUAAAAAGUACUUGAAAAUUUGAUGAAACGUAUUUUAAAUGAAUUAAGUUCAUAGAGAAUAGCUAGUGCCAAAUUCAAUAUGUAUUUAAACUGUAAUUCAUGAAUAAUAGUGAAAAUAAAAUAAUAUCCUUUCCUCUAUAUUUCUCUCUUUUUCAGCCAUUUUGCUAGCAGCUGCCAGCAAAACGACUGAAAGGGAGGGAAAGAUAAAUGAAAAAAGUGACAUCAUUGACAACAAAUAAACUAGUUUAUGCUAUUAUUUUCUUAUUUGAACUCAGAUUCAUCAUUGUCUUCAACAAUUUCUGGAGUUUCUUCGCGUAUUUUUUUUCUUUAUAAGUUAUUAAAGUCAAAUAAAGAGCCACAAAAAGUAUGAUUUUGUGAAAUGAAAAUGUGUAAUAAUUAUUUUUCUUCUUUUGAAAAUAGUUUCUUUUUGAAACCUAGAUAAACUUAUUCGUUUCAUUGUUGAAAUUAUCAUAUUCCAUUUCUAUGUGAUGAGAAUUAAGUAACAAUACAUGUCUGUAUAUUCUUGUUACAUACUUUCUCUUAAUUGGCUUAUCUUGGAUAUGCCUGUAUGAAAAUUCAUCGAUUUGAUGUGUUCUGUUAAAGAAAUGAUCA